AUGGAGGAUGUCUCUGUUUCACCAAGCUGUGCAACCCAGAACGCCAGCAGAGGUGGCAAUGGCAACGGCGCCAGCAGAGGUGGCAACGACGCCAGCAGAGGUGGCAACGGCAACGACGCCAGCAGAGGUGGCAACGGCAACGACGCCAGCAGAGGUGGCAACGGCAACGACGCCAGCAGAGGUGGCAACGGCAACGGUGCAGCAGAGGUGGCAAUGCCAACGGUGCAGCAGAAGUGGCAAUGGCAACGGUGCAGCAGAGGUGGCAAUGGCAACGGUGCAGCAGAGGUGGCAAUGGCAACAGCGCCAGCAGAAAUGGCAACGACAACAACGCCAGCUGAGGUGGCAACGGCACCAGCAGAGGUGGCAACGGCACCAGCAGAGGUGGCAAUGGCACCAGCAGAGGUGGCAAUGGCACCAGCAGAGGUGGCAAUGGCACCAGCAGAGGUGGCAAUGGCAAUGGCACCAGCAGAGGUGGCAAUGGCAACGGCACCAGCAGAGGUGGCAACGGCACCAGCAGAGGUGGCAACGGUGCCAGCAGGGGCGGCAAUGGCAAGGGCGCCAGCAAAAGCGGCAAUGGCAACGGCUCCAGCAGAGGUGACAAUGGCGCCAGCAGAGGUGACAAUGGCGCCAGCAGAGGUGACAACGGCGCCAGCAGAGGUGGCAAUGGUGCCAGCAGAGGCGGCAAUGGCAACGGCGCCAGCAGAGGCGGCAACGACAGGUGGCAACGGCGCCAGCAGAGGUGACAACGGCGCCAGCAGAGGGGCAAUGGCAACGGUGCCAGCAGAGGCGGCAAUGGCAACGGCGCCAGCAGAGGCGGCAACGACGCCAGCAGAGGUGACAAUGGCGCCAGCAGAGGUGGCAACGGCGCCAGCAGAGGUGGCAAUGGCAACAGCGCCAGCAGAGAUGACAACACCGACAGCACCAGCGGAGGUGUCAAUGGCAACAGCGCCAGCAGAGGUGGCAAUGGCACCAGCAGAGGUGGCAAUGGCAACAGCACCAGCAGAGGUGGCAAUGGCAACGGCGCCAGCAGAGGUGGCAAUGGCAACGGCACCAGCAGAGGUGGCAAUGGCGCCAGCAGAGGUGGCAAUGGCAACGGCACCAGCAGAGGUGGCAAUGGCAACGGCACCAGCAGAGGUGGCAAUGGCAACAGCGCCAGCAGAGGUGGCAAAGCAUCUAUGCAACCCAGACACAGAUGAUGUCUCUGUUGGUUUCACCAAGGUAUGCAGCAACCCAAAACAUGGAGGAUGUCUCUGUUUCACAAGCUGUGCAACCCAGAACGCCAGCAGAGGUGGCAAUGGCAACGGCGCCAGCAGAGGUGGCAACGACGCCAGCAGAGGUGGCAACGACAACGACGCCAGCAGAGGUGGCAACGACAACGACGCCAGCAGAGGUGGCAACGGCAACGACGCCAGCAGAGGUGGCAACGGCAACGACGCCAGCAGAGGUGGCAACGGCAACGACGCCAGCAGAGGUGGCAACGGCAACGACGCCAGCAGAGGUGGCAACGGCAACGACGCCAGCAGAGGUGGCAAUGGCAACGGUGCAGCAGAGGUGGCAAUGCCAACGGUGCAGCAGAAGUGGCAAUGGCAACGGUGCAGCAGAGGUGGCAAUGGCAACGGUGCAGCAGAGGUGGCAAUGGCAACAGCGCCAGCAGAAAUGGCAACGACAACAGUGCCAGCUGAGGUGGCAACAGCACCAGCUGAGGUGGCAACAGCACCAGCUGAGGUGGCAAUGGCACCAGCAGAGGUGGCAAUGGCACCAGCAGAGGUGGCAAUGGCACCAGCAGAGGUGGCAAUGGCAACGGCGCCAGCAGAGGCGGCAAUGGCAAGGGCGCCAGCAGAGGCGGCAAUGGCAACGGCGCCAGCAGAGGUGACAAUGGCGCCAGCAGAGGUGACAACGGCGCCAGCAGAGGUGGCAACGGCGCCAGCAGAGGUGGCAACGGCGCCAGCAGAGGUGGCAACGGCGCCAGCAGAGGCGGCAACGGCAACGGCGCCAGCAGAGGCGGCAAUGGCAACGGCGCCAGCAGAGGCGGCAACGACACCAGCAGAGGUGACAAUGGCGCCAGCAGAGGUGGCAACGGCGCCAGCAGAGGUGGCAAUGGCAACAGCGCCAGCAGAGAUGACAACACCGACAGCGCCAGCGGAGGUGUCAAUGGCAACAGCGCCAGCAGAGGUGGCAAUGGCACCAGCAGAGGUGGCAAUGGCAACAGCACCAGCAGAGGUGGCAAUGGCAAUGGCGCCAGCAGAGUGGCAAUGGCACGGCACCAGCAGAGUGGCAAUGACUGAAAGGAUACAAGUUUUGAACAAAUGUGAAAAAAAUAAUCCCAUAAAAUUUGUGAAGGGUUUACCAUGGAGUUCAAACAUCAAAAGUCUCACCUGCUGGCAACAGAAAAGAUUAUAA